AUGAUUUACCGCUGGUAUAAAAUCCUCAGUCCUCACAUUGACGUUGCUGUGGACGGAGUUGCAUUCGACGAAAAGCACCUGCGCCUGUACGUCUCCAUUCACCAAAACUUCAAGCUCUGGGUGGUCCCAUUCUACAAUGCUCCGGUCAAACUCGUCACAGUCCUCCAGUUGACCACUAACCCGACCUCAAUGCCGCAUGAACCCCUUGAGCCUAUGACUGCAACCGAACUUGACAAUGGAAAGGUCAGCGAUAGGAGAGGUAAUUUCACGCCUGAUUCCUCUCAUAGUAGCGUCAGUGGACGCAAGCUGGGAUUCCAUGAAGUGGUUCACGACGGUAACGGUGACGGAACCAAAUACUACAUUCAAUCGCAGAACGACCUGUAUCAGACCACCGAGUUCAUCAAAUUCCUUGUCCCUUGGGGAAUCGGGGUCUUUCUUGUGAUCACGUGGCAAUUCUGCGCAACAAUGUUCUGUGUUAUCGGCACCAAGGUCUACGAUCUCCUGAUGUGGGCGCCGCACAAGCUCUACCGCCAACACUUCGAGGUUUUUAGCAACAACGAGAAAGCACACCCACAUCUCGGUGCCGAUUGA